GUGUACUGUGAGAUUGAAUGACUAAAUUGUCUUUCUUUCAGAUUUUUCUAAAUUUUAUAUUCAGCUACUAAAUACUUAUUUGGUUCCUGACAUUACAGCAGAAUAAUACCUGACAUUUAUUAUGUUCUGGUGGUAACAAUGGCUGAUAUCGUUGACCAAGAACUUGAUAACCUUCAAAAUUAUUUUAAAGGAUUAAGAGUACAUCGUUUAAGAACCAUGGAAGAUGCUGGUACCUUGCCAUCUACAUGUCCUGUUUCACACUGUCAGCCGAAUGAAAAUCUCACAUCAGGAGUGGAGGAAACACUGUGGAGGUCUGUAGAAAAAGAACAAAAGAAUACCCGUACAUUACAACAGAGUAAUCAUCGUGGUGUGUUUGUUAAUGAAAGUGAUGCUUUUCGUCAGGACUUGAUACAUUAUGCAAAUUUUCAAUCUCCACCUAUGUUAGAAGGAUCUUCAUCAUGGUUUGAAGAUGGUGGACAGACAUUAUCAGGAAAAACCAACAGCUCACAUUUUGCCCAAAGAAAUAUGGCUCUCUUUGAGGAAGAAGUAACAAGAAGUAGCAAGUCAAGGGAAAAUCAGACCAAUGCAAGUGAAAGGACUUGUGCUCAAGAAGCACGGAAUAACGAUGACGUGAACGUGGACGAGCUAGCAGCCUAUCUCGAUAAUCUGGUAUACAUACCAAAAGAAAUGUCCAGGAUGGCAGAAAUGAUGUAUGCCUAGAACUUUAUGUGAACAUCAUCAUACAGGUAUACACGAGUACUAGAUAUUGUACAUGAGCACAGGAUAAGAUUUAAACUUUAUGGUGGGAUGUCCUAGUUUAAAUUUUAAGUUGGUUUGAUUCUUUUGUCAUCAUGAUUCAGAUUAUUUCUUUUUGUUUAAAAGUUUAUGAUAAACUUUGUUGUGAAUUUAUGUCUUCUUUUGAUGUAAUAUUGAUAUAGAGUAAUACUGUAGUUGAAGCAUGUGUAUGAAAAUAUUCAAUCAGACUAGAUAGCACUGGUUGAUAUUUUGCAGUUAUUUCACAAAACUUGGAAAGUUCAAAUACCUGCCAUCAUUUUCACAAGAAUGUGUAAGUUCAGAAGAACUAAAUGGCUUUGGGCAAAAAUUUAGGGUCUUUAGUUUGUUAUUGGUUUCUUUAUAAUUUUGGAAUUUAGGUUCUUGUUUUAACUGUGUAAAAAAAUUAACCACGAUUUAUAUAUCCUCUAUUGUCAGUUCAUAAAUUUCAAGGUGAAGAAUAGCAGUACCAUUAGUCAAUAAACUGCUCAAAUCUGUUA